UUUCGCCACAUGUAGCUUUCUCUUCCGGCGACUAGUCUGGGUAAACCGAGGGUAUUUCGUUAUCGUCGGCUCCUAUCAAAUACUUUCUUUACACCUGUAUUUUCGCGAUGGCUAUUGGUGACCUUAAGACGGAUAAAGGUGUCAAAGAUUUGAAUUCUUAUUUAGCGGAUCGUAGUUAUAUUGAAGGGUGGCAACCUACUCAAGCAGAUGUGGCAGUUUUAGAAGCUUUAGGGAAAACCCCUACAUCUUCGAAUCCACAUGUUUUACGAUGGUAUAAUCACAUCAAAUCGUACGAUUUGAAGACACUUCCGGGGGAAAAAACAGCACCUAUUCUCUCGUGUAGCGACAGCCCUAGUACCGUAGAAGUAGUCAAAGAUAAAGACGAAGACGAUGAUGUGGACCUUUUUGGAUCGGACGAAGAGGAAGAUGCGGAGGCUGUAAGAAUCAGAGAGGAAAGAUUAAAAGCAUACGCGGAGAAGAAGUCUAAGAAACCGGCGCUUAUCGCUAAAUCUAGUCUCGUAUUGGAUGUUAAACCAUGGGGAGACGAUACAGACAUGAAGGCCAUGGAGGAUGCUGUCAGAUCUAUCGAAAUGGAUGGAUUAGUUUGGGGAGCUUCUAAACUGGUUGCCGUCGGUUAUGGUAUUCAUAAAUUCAGAAUAAUGUGCGUCAUAGAAGACGAUAAAGUAUCCGUGGACUUACUGGUGGAACAAAUUGAAAGUUUUGAAGAAUUAGUUCAAUCCGUUGAUAUCGAGUCGUUCAAUAAAAUAUAAAUGACUGUUUAUGCCCGUUACUUUUAAUAUAAACUUAAUAAAUAAUAAUCAUUGUUUGUA